ACAUGGCGGACACUUUGAAAAGGAAUCCAAAGCGAAAGAUAUAUUUUUAAUUUUCUGUGUUAUUAUUUUAACUAUUUGCAGUUGAAUCAAAAGAUUCCAAUAACACUUAGUGAUACAGAAGAGGGAGAAUUAUCCUAAUUUGCAACAACGGUUCAGGGGUUUUGUUUUAUCAUGGAUCAAGUGUCUGAUCUCGAAGACGCACUUCCCGAUUCUCACACUGUGCAGCUGGCCGUUCAUGUUGAUGUUUGUCAAAAUUCGAGCAGUGCUGUAUCUGGUGUGAUAAUAAAAGAUCAUGUGAAAAAAUUACUCCAGCGACAAAGGGUUGCCUAUCAUGAUUUAGUGUUUACAGAAUUCGAUGACCCAUUCCUACAAGAACAUGUCCACACUGUAGCAGUUUGUGAUAUCCAUUCAAUGCAGAAGGAAAGAGAGCCAAUAGACCUGUGUUCGGCCUUCUUCCUCAUCCAUGUGUAUCAGCUCAAUGAAGACGGGCCUGCAUCAGAAGAGUUGGAUGAGGAAGAUCUGGCAGCUGCCAGCCAUUGGCUUUUACCAACCAGAGACUUUGAUGGGUUAUGGGAUAGCUUGGUCUUUGAUUCAGAUAUAAAAAAUCAACUGUUACAGUAUGCUUCAACAACUCUCCUUUUCUCAGACAGAAAAGUAGACAGUAAUAUUAUAUCUUGGAACAGAGUGGUACUCUUACAUGGUCCACCUGGCACAGGGAAGACAUCUUUAUGUAAGGCAUUGGCCCAGAAACUGGCAAUUCGAUUAUCUGAUAGGUACAGCUAUGGUCAGCUUAUAGAGAUAAAUAGCCAUAGCCUAUUCUCAAAGUGGUUCUCUGAGAGUGGUAAGUUGGUGAUGAAGAUGUUCCAGAAGAUCCAGGAAUUGAUAGAUGAUCCUGAGGCGCUGGUCUGUGUGCUCAUAGACGAGGUUGAAAGUCUUACUGCUGCCAGGAAAGCCUCCAUGUCUGGGAAUGAGCCUUCCGAUGCCAUACGGGUUGUCAAUGCACUACUUACACAAAUAGAUCAAAUAAAAAGGAAUCCUAAUGUGAUCAUCUUGACCACAUCCAAUGUGACAGGAGCCAUUGACUUGGCCUUUGUUGACAGGGCUGACAUAAAGCAGUACAUAGGACCUCCGUCCCCAGCCGCUAUCUAUAACAUCUACCAGUCUUGUCUCAACGAACUUAUGAGGUCAGGUAUCAUAAGCCCUCCUCAACAGCUGAUUGACAUGAGAGCUCUGGAGGUGAUGAGGUUUUCAGAAAACAAUGCUACUAAGCUGAGUUUACGGCUGCGGCAAAUUGCAAUAAAAAGUGAAGGAUUGAGUGGCAGAACGCUCAGGAAAAUUCCAUUUUUGUCUCACGCCAUGUAUUUACAGCGACCAGCAACUACUCUAGAAGAAUACCUUGGGGCAUUAUCAAGGGCUGUAGACAGGCAAUUUGAAGAAAGACUAGACCUCUCAAAGGAAUAAAUUAAAAGCAAAACCUCAAAAGCAUGGGUUAAGACAUGUUCACUGCCAAAUGAACAUAGAACAGAAAAUUGACCAAGAUAUGUCACCAAAUUGCUAUCAAGCAUAGUAAACUACGCUAUGAUAUACGUAGUUGAAUUUUCUGCAUAAGAUGACAGUAGAUUAUGUACACUAUUUCAAUACAGCUCCCUGAGUAUCAGAGUGUCCAAACAAAUCAGUUUAUAAUUGCCAUUUGUGAAUGGCGGGGCAGGUCGUGUACAUUGUAGAAGAAAGCUCUGAAAUUCAGGGUGAAAUCCAGGGAUCUGUGAUUUGAAAUGUGACUCACGGGUUGUAAAAGAGACAGAUAAAACAAUUAACUUAUUUAAAUGUAAGUUUUUAUGUGAUAUAUGAACAAUUGUUUAUUGUGACAUAAAGUUUAUUUUAUUGUUAAAAUAGUCCUAAUGUGUAUUGGAGAUGCCUGAAAUAAGUACAGUUCUUAGGUCAUCAAGUUGAAAAUAAAAUGAAAUUGAAAUUUUUAUUCACUGAA